AGUUCGAUCUGACUUUUCCGUGUCCUCGUGACUAUUUUCAAAGUACUAUUCGGGAUUCGUGCAAACACACGUUGCAAUGUAGACUGUCUUGGGGAGUUGCACUUUCUUACAGCUGUGAUAUGAGCUGCGGUUUAUGUUUACAGUGAGCAGGUGAUGAUUUGAAAGAAAGUUACAAUGGCACUUCUGCGAGAUCAGACGAUUAUCUGUGUGAUAUGGACAGUAUUUGUGUGUCAGACUGCAGGAAGACAUCAUGCCCCAAACAUCAUUAUCAUGCUUAUGGAUGAUAUGGGAUGGGGUGAUUUGGGGAUAUUUGGAGAGCCCUCCAAGGAAACGCCAAACUUAGAUCUGAUGGCCGCUCAAGGGAUGCUGUUUCCAAACUUCUACACUGCCAAUCCUCUCUGCUCCCCCUCCAGGGCAGCUUUGCUUACUGGUAGACUUCCUGUCAGAAAUGGAUUCUACACCACCAAUGCUCACGCUAGGAAUGCAUACACACCUCAGGAAAUAGUGGGGGGAAUAUCACAGGAUGAGAUUCUGCUUCCAGAACUGCUGAAGAACAAAAAUUAUGUCAACAAGAUCAUUGGCAAAUGGCACCUUGGCCACAGAACUCAAUACUUACCUCUGAAGCAUGGCUUUGAUGAAUGGUUUGGUGCACCUAACUGCCACUUUGGCCCUUACAACAACAGCUUCCGUCCCAACAUACCGGUUUACAACAACUCUGUCAUGAAGGGAAGGUAUUAUGAAGAGUUUGAGAUAAAUGUGAAAGCGGGGGAAUCCAACCUCACUCAGAUUUAUUUGAAGGAAGGUUUGGACUUCAUCUCUCAGCAGGCUGUCGCCCAGCAGCCCUUCUUUCUCUACUGGACUCCAGAUGCUACCCAUGCACCUGUUUAUGCCUCAAACCACUUUCUGGGAAAAAGCCAAAGGGGGCGCUAUGGCGAUGCGGUGAUGGAGUUGGACCACAGCAUCGGUCAGAUUCUGGACCGGCUUGUCAGUCUGGGCAUCCAGAACAACACACUGGUGUUCUUUACCUCUGAUAAUGGGGCAGCAGUGAUGUCCGGACCAUUACAAAGUGGUAGUAACGGCCCGUUCCUCUGUGGGAAAGAGACUACGUUCGAAGGAGGUAUGAGGGAACCAGCCAUUGCUUGGUGGCCUGGACGCAUCCCUGCUGGAACAGUGAGUUAUCAGUUAGCCAGUGUGAUGGAUCUCUUCACCACGAGUCUCACUGUGGCUGGCCUUCUUCCCCCUGACGACCGCAUCAUUGAUGGGAUAGAUCUGAGUCCCGCCCUCUUUAACAACUCACUCGUAGACAGGCCCAUCUUCUAUUAUCGUGGCAACCAGAUGAUGGCAGUGCGGAUUGGGCAAUACAAAGCGCAUUACUGGACCUGGAGCAACUCAUGGGAGGAAUUCAACAAGGGUAUAAACUUCUGCCCUGGUCAGGAGGUGCCUGGUGUCACCACUCACAAGCAAGAGGAACACACCCUUCGGCCACUUAUCUUUCACCUGGGGCGGGACCCUGGGGAAAGACACCCAGUAAGUGUCCUGUCUAAGGAAUACCAGAAUGUUUUCCGAUACAUGUCCGCACUGGUGGAUCAGCAUCAGAAGGACUUGAUCCCUGGAAUGCCUCAACUCAACAUGUGUGACCUGGCAGUCAUGAACUGGAGUCCUCCUGGCUGUGAGCAGUUGGGCAAAUGUCUGAAAGCACCCGAGUCAAAGCCAUGGAAGUGUGACUGGCCGCACUAAUGCAGUUCAUCCUCAGGAACUUUCAUAAAGGAGUGAAUCUCAUGGAGCUUUUCACACCAAACUACGUUCAUCUUUAGGAGACAGAAUGCGUCUCCUUCCUGACUUGUGGAGGUCCACAAUUGUUUGUCUGAGGUCUCGACUGAUUUCUGUUGAUUUUCUGAUGAUGUCAAGCAAAGAGACACUGAGUUUGAAGGUAGGCCUUAAAAUACAUCCACAGGUACACCUCCAAUUGACUCCAAUUAGCCAAUCAGAAGCUAAUUGUCUAAAAGGCUUGAUAUCAUUUUCUGGAAUUUUCCAAGCUGCUUAAAGUCACAGUAAACUUCUGACACACUGGAAUUGUGAUAUUGUCAAUUAAAAGUGAAACAAUCGGUCUGUAAACAAUUGCUGGAAAAAUUACUCCUGUCACGCACAAAGUAAAUGUCCUAAUCGACUUGCCAAAACUAUAGUUUGCUAAUAUUAAAUCUGUGGAGUGGUUAAAAAAAAGAGUUUUAAUGACUUAAACCUAAGUAUGUAAACUUCUGACUUCAACUGUAUUUCAAGGUUGCUUUAUUCUAAUAUAUGUUUCCUCUCUAAUCAAAUAAAAUGCUUGAAC